UCCACUUUGGGGGCUGUGCAGACCACGGCAGAUGUGAGCCUGGAAAGCUUGAAAACCUGCUGAGCAAAAAGGGACAACUCCAACCAAGUCACUGGAAACUUAUUUGAAGGGGACAAUAUUUAAGUUUUCAUUAAGGAUCUGCACUCUUCAUCACAGCUCUCAGUAGGAAGAAAAAUAUACAACAUGCAAUUGCACAGCACCCUCACCAAAGAACUGAAGCAGCAAGCAUCAGCCAUUGUAAAAGAAAUCCAAGGAAAUGAGAUAUACGUGGACUUUGGAAAAAAGAUUAGUGUUCCCAAAGACAUAAUGCUGGAAGAGCUUUCCCUGUUUUCCAACAGAGGGGCCAGAUUGUUUAAAAAAAGGCAACGGAGAUCUGAAAAAUACACAUUUGAAGGAUUCCAGAACUCUGCUAAUUCACAAAUGAAUAACUUUAUUCCUUCAAUAACACAAAGCGAUGAUACAACAGAGAAUUCCAAAAACAUGGGAAAUACCAUGCAAGGUGGACAACAAAACAUCCCUAAAACACCACCAAAUACCCCUGAUCCAAGGACUCCACCAAACCCAGAAACGAUUGCCCCAGGAUACACAGGGCCACUGAAGGAAAUUCCACCUGAAAAAUUUAAUGCAACAGCUGUACCAAAAUCUUAUCAAACACCUUGGGAGGAAGCCAUUGCUGAUGACCCAGAACUCCUCUCAACUUUACAUCCCAGAAUGCCAGAGCUCACACCAAAUAUAGAAAUGACUGAAUACAAGACCUUUAACAGAGUUGCCACUCCUUAUGGCGGUUUUGAUAGAGCUUCCAAACUCGUGGGUUUCAAGCUGCCAAAACUGGAUUUUGCAUUACUGGAACCAGAGCUCAGAUUGUCUGCCUUUGAAGAUGGGACUGCUGGCCGGCCAAGCUUCAACAGAACUGCCCAAGGCUGGACAUCUAACAGUAUUCCUAUCAUACUUAAAGAUCUGUCUUUGGAAGUAACCAUUCCCGAAACAGAUGACCUCUAAAAUAUUGCUGCGCUUUUGAUUUUACUGACAAAGCAUCUUCCUUUAUUAUACAUAUAUAAUGUGCUUUCCGAUUCAAAAAACUGUGGUGAUAGUUCAUAACAAACAGAAAAUAAACUCAAUAUCUGCAUUUAGUAUACGUACAAAUCUAGAUCACUGUUGUACACAUUUUCAACUAGACCCCGAAUGUCCUCAGAUUCUACUACCACAUUUUGGGUAGUGCAAUAAAAUUUUGAUGAAUGCAUGUAAAUGGCAUUUCCACUGUCCUUGUUACAAAGUUGCUCUUGUUCUGAAAAAUAUCCAAACAAAUUUUGACUAUGAUUUUUAGACAGAUAUUAGAGAACCUUAAAUGCCACAACAUAAUGAAGGCCCAAUGUUGAAAAAAAGUAAUCAAAAUGUUGAUUUAGUUGAAUGACUUACAUCCAACUUUUCUCUUUCUCAAUUUCCCUACUAUCACUACAAAUAUUUAGUAAUCACCUUUAUGACAAUUUUCAGUUGUGUAGUGGAAGAACUCAUUUGAAAAUGUAGUUGUUUUCCAGAUCAACAAGCGAUCCCAACUUUUCAUCUUCUAGUAAAUCCAUUGCAUAAUGAUUCACAACAUUCAACAGUGUGCUUUAAUGUGCCGGUGAAUAUAACAAGUGACAGGCCAUGUUACAAUGUAGAGCAGUAGACACAGAAUAUUAGACCACAGCAUAUCACUUUCCCAAACCAUCUCUUAAUUAUGCAGCUGCAGGGCACUAUAAUGACACAAGUAAAAAGUUGCAUAAAUCAAUAAAACAAAAAUAACAACAGAACCUGUUAUUGAUGUCUGAUGGUUUCAUGAGCAAUAUCAUGUAGAAACUUGUGUUACUUUAAUGGAUAUGCACAUAUUAAAACUUUAAAUCAGAAUCAAUCUAUCUAUACAUAAAUAAAACUCUGAUUUUGU